AUGGAAUACAUAAUCUCGGAACAGUUUCAGCAUGAACCUGUCGCCGGUCUCGGACCAUCCGUCGUCAACGCCAUUUCUGGAAAAGCGACAAAGGAGAUAGUAUCUAUGUCGAAACACUAUUCUUACUCGACUCUCUCCAAGACUGUGUUCAUUUUUGACAGCAGACGAAAUAAUCGUCCGUUCUCCAUCUCUCGACUCAGUUCGCCUUCGAGAACAUCGCUUUUAGCUUGCAUAUUUUCCAUUACUGUGAAGAAACGGCCACCAAUCAUAGGCAUAAUUUCGUUAAUUGUCCUACGUGAUCCGUUGUUAUGCAGAAAUCUGAAACAGGAUAAAAAUGCAUUUGCACGUCCAGUAGCCAAAGCAACAACCACGUUGCCGAACAUGUUCAAAUCUUCGUUUUGUUGCUGUUGGAUGGGAGUUGAAUCAGGAUCUAAUACAUCUUGA